UUGAAAUUCGGCCAAGGGCCGGCUUCCUGGGCCACUCUUCGGGCAGCGCCCCUUGGGCUGCUUUUGCUGCACCGUGAUGGAUCGUUGACAUGUACCGGCCGUUGCUGGAGGGGCCAGCUUCUAGCCCCGCGGGCUGGGAAGCCCCGCAGGACCUGGAGGCCUUCUUGCAGGGCCUGUACAGAUACUUCGAGGUCAAGGGCUUCCUGGGCAUCGUGGCGCCCAAUGUGUCGCAUAUGGUUGCCCUGACUUUCACCAUUUUGUUCUUUUUCGUCUUGCUGUUUCUGAUCGAUUGGGAGGCGGUGUUGGCGUGCGACUCUGAAGAGUCAUGCCGGGUGGUGUCUCUUUGGUACACCCAGCCCUGGUGCAACAUUAGCCCAAGCCGCUGGGGUGUACUAACUUGCACGUUGAUCUUCACCUUGUACUGGUUCUUCAACGUCUUUCAGAUGUGGUCGGUCUACAAGCAAGCUCGACUCACCCGGAGAUUCUAUCAGGAGCAGCUGGGCAUCUUGUCGGACGAGUCCCUGGAGACGAUGCUUUGGUCCGAGGUGGUGUCGCGCCUGGUGCAGCGUCAGAAGGAAUCCCGGUUCUGCAGAGUCCAGGAUGAGUUGAACGCCCUCGAGAUCACCAACGUCAUCAUGCGCCAGGACAAUUUCAUCAUAGCGUUGACGAAUCACCAUGCCUUCACAUCUACCUUACCGCCCUGGAUCCCUCGGCGGCUGGUGUACACCAAGGCCCCGCUCUACAAUCUGCGGCUGGGGCUCUUCCGGUUUGGGGAGUCUGACCGGGGCCGCCUGGAGGCAGACUUCCUGGAGCGACCAGAGGUGCUUGCCGGACGUCUGCGCUUCCUGGGCGUGCUCAACGUGCUUUUGGUGCCGCCCGUCCUCAUCUUUGUGGCCAUCUACUUCUUUAUGCGACAUGCACAAGAAUUCCGGUCGCAGCGAGCCUCGCCGUUCCGGAGGCAGUGGUCGGACUAUGCGCAAUGGACCUUCAGGGAGUACAACGAGCUGCCUCACCAGAUUGAAGCCAGGAUGAGUGCUGGCCAUGCUGCUGCGGAGGCCUACGUCCACACCACUCGGCCUUCCUCUCCGGUACUGAAAUCGGCGCUGCGCUGCGUGAAGUUCAUCGCAGGAUCCGUUCUUGCAGCUCUGCUCCUUGUGGCACUGUGGGACGAUACGCCGCUUCUCUUCGUCAAAAUUCAGGAGAAGAAUCUGCUCUGGUAUUUGGCCUUUUUUGGCUUUGUUUUCGCAGUUGUGGACAGUGCGGGUGAAGAGAACGCAGGCGAUGCAGAAGGCAAAGGCAGCGGCUCUGAAGCGUGUCUGCAUGCGCCCAGCGUGCCGCUCCGCAUGUACAUCGCCUUGAUGAAGCUCGUGUCCUGCACGCACCAUUUACCAGCACACUGGCGCUCGCCCGAGAGGCUGACAUCCUUGGCAGGAGCAUGCAGCGGUCUCCGACGCGCAAGCCUUUGCCAGCACUUUCGGCUGGUGCGCCAGGAGUUGCUGCGAGACUUCCUGGUGCAUCGGAUUCAGGUCUUGGCGGAGGAGCUGCUCGGAGUGCUGCUGAGCCCCAUCCUGCUCUUUUGCUUCCUGUCUCACGCUGCCCCGGGCAUCGUCAGAGUGCUGAGGAGGGUGAGGUAUGCAACGCCCUGCCUGGGGGACUUCUGCUUGUACGGGUGCCUGGAUCCAGAUCGCAGCGGCGACUUUGGCGUUGGCGCGGCGUCCUCUGCGGACUCGAGGCGGACCUUGAGGCGUCAGUUUGAGAAUGACAAGCUGGAGAAAUCCAUCUUAUCCUUCCUUCUCAAUCACCAGCUGCUUUGGUCCCCUGAUGAUGGUGCGGAUGGCUUCAUGUUUAUUCGCGGGCAAGAGCUUCAAAAUGAGCUUUCAGAGCGCAGCUGGAGACAGCCAACUGUGCCGGCCAUCCAGCUCCAAGAGUUGAAGCAUGCAGACGAUGCGGCACCUCUGGAAUGGCAUGCAGAUGGCCCUCCGGGCUCGAUGCACCCAAUCGAGGUGGUUGAGCCGGAGGCGGAGGGCUGGCAUGCGGAGGGCCCGGAGGGCCCGCACGACCGGGCCCGAGAGCAGCAGGAGUUUGUGCUGGCCCACGUCUUGGGAGUCCCGCCCGCCGCCGUAGCUGUGCUGCAUGAGGUGCAGGAGUUUCACGAGGUGGAGACAAAAGAGAACCCCAGCGGGGAGGACUACGCCCUGCUGCCGAGUGAGCUGCUGUAUUUGCCGAGCAUCGUGCCGGGGGCGUCGGCCAGCAAAGCCAUCGCCACGGCCGCCAAGACGGUGGUAGACGAGGGCCAGGCGAAGGACAAGGGGGACAUUUUCGGGGCGCUGUUCUUCUGGCUCGAGGCGCUGCGGAAGUAUCAAGGCAACCCUGUGCAAAUGUGUGAGUCUGAUGAUGAAGGCGGCGGCGUUUUCUUUCGACAGCCGCACACGGAGUUGACGGUGUGAAGAGCGCAGUCAGCUUCUGUACAGAGCGAAUGCCGAGCGCUGCUUUGAUCGAGCGAAGCUUCCGGGAGUCCAAGGAUUG